AUGUUGCAGCCAUUUCUGUCCGAAUAUCCCAAUCUCGUCACGGCGGCCGGAGCACAGGCCAAUGCGCUGCCUCAAGUCAACGACAUCAUGUUCGAUCCCCCCCGGAAUGCGGACUCGGAACACAUGGCUGGCGGCCUGUCCGGGGUGUUCGAGGUGAGCCCGAUGGGAUCUCGAAAUUCCAGGCCACCACCACCCAACCACGACAGCGAUGUCGAUAUCCAGCUCCAAUCUGCUCAGGGUGACAAUGUCGAGGUGCACCAGAAGACGUCCGAGUCCCAGCUUCCUGCGCAUCAGCUGCCGGGGGGUUCUCAUUCUACAGAUACAGCAACGACUACACAGUCUCCGCUGUUUGUCUCUGACCACCAUGGCCUCAGCGCCAUGCACAGUCCCGAUCCACCCCACUCCGUCGUCAGUCAGAUGGAGACAGAGGAUGCCGUGGGGAAGAGCAGUAUCUGGUCAAACAAGAUGACAAACUAUCAAUACUCGGGCCCAACGUCGUUUAUAUCGAUAUGUUCCACCGCAGGUAUCCAAUGGGUCUCUGAGCGGACCGGAAGUGCCACUUUUGUAGACGUUGCCAACGAGUUCACCACUCGCAUAACCCGGCUCCUGAAGAUUGAAAAACGGUGUCUCACCCCGCCCAUCGAGGAGCCUGACCUGGAGACCGCUUUGAUCUACACCACAGCUUACUUCGAGGACGCGAUCGAUGCGGAAAUGGCCAUCGUCCAUCGACCCUGGUUUGAACAGCGGUUGAGCGAGUUCUACAACAGCGGCAUGAAGGACCAGGACGCAUCAUGGUACGCCCUUCGCAUGGCCAUCUUCGCGUCCGGGAGUCAAAUCGAGCUAUCGAAAACGAAGAGCUUCCGCGAAGCAAAUGAAACUGGAUGGCGAUAUUUUGAAAACGCCCUCUCGGUCUACACCAACAUUCUCUUCUAUCAAACCUCGGUCGAGGGAGUCCAAGCUUUGGUGAUCAUGUCCUACUACUGUUCGACCGUGAGCCAUCCUUGUCUCGAGUACAUGCUCUGCAACGAUGCUGUGAGGCUUGCUGUGGCUCAAGGACUCCAUCGACAACCUCCACCCUCAUUGAAGUUGACCCAGAGCGAGAUCACCCAGCGGCAGUGCAUAUUCUGGGCGGCCUAUUGCUUGGAAAAACAGACUGUGUCGCUGUCGGGUCGCCACUCGAUGAUCGACGACAGUGAUAUCACCUUGCCACUGCCGACGACCGUGUCUCCCGGCAGUACCCUGAACCUGAAAUUUGCCGUCACUCUCAUCCUGGUGUCUCACCUGUCGUCAAUGGUCUCCAAACGACUCACCAGUAUGUACGCGCUGCGACAAGGCCUCGACUAUCUGGUCCAUGUAGUCACCAAACUGGACGAGAAACUCCAGGCCCUCAAGAAAUCACUGGAACCUAUUCUGUCCUCCAGCUCGAUGCAGACAGUACCCGGUCAUCGUCCAUCGGGAAUGAGUUUGAAACAGAUUUUGUUCCUUCGAUACGCGAUAUCCAACGUCACAUUGGGCAUCCACACCAGCCUGACACACCCCUGGGCCGAGUAUCUUUUCGCUCACCAGAAGCGGCGUGCCGAACUCCAACCUCAGAUAGACAGGUCAUCUCAGAUCGUGGCCGAAACAUGUCGAAACGCAAUCCGAAUGAUAAGUAAGAUCCAGUUUGACGCGAGUACGCCGGUAUCCGUGAGCUUUUUUGGUCCAAUAUAUUCGUUGAUCAACCUGUUCAUUUUCAUCCUGCAAUCCCCGUCCGACUCCAACGCCAAAUCCGACGUCGCCCUUCUCGACUUCGGCGCCGGACAUUUCGCCUGGAUGCAGAUCUUUACAGAGUCCGAAGUCUCGAUCGGCCUGGCCAAAGAACUGGCCGUUCUGGCUCAAGGGUUCCUGAAAAAGUAUCAGAACGUCGAUAAGGAUUCGGCGACGGCGGCGGCGGCGGCGAUACCCAUGACUGCCUCCACACCAAGGACCGGAAUCAACUUUGCUGACCAGGAACGCGUAAGGGAAGGCGGCGGCGGCGGUGGUGGCCUGCGGACAAACGACGAGACUGACGAGACCACUCUUACAGCCUCGCCACCACCUCCUCCCCCGGACUUUGGAUAUCAGCAGACCGCACAAGACCUGUCCGCGCAGCUGUCGGAGGUGCCGUCGUCUUUUGACAUCAAUCUGGAAUAUUGGAGCACCUUUGUGCCAGAUAUCUUUGAUCCGGAUCCCCUGACCGACUUUCCUGGCGUGGACGGCAUGCCUUAG